AUGCCCACGGUGACUCCCGUUGACUCGGACGACCCGCUGAGCGGCGAGGAAGAUCCGGCCGGCCAGAAUCCGCCUACGCCCUCCGCCAACCCCCCGCCCAACCCGCCGAAGGAAUCGCCCCCGCCUACCAAACCCGCGCCGUCUCAACCAAAGCCUUCCCCAGUUCCUGCGGCACCGGUCAACAAGCCCACGUCAAACCCGUCAACGCCGUCAACGCCGUCGACAGUCGUCUCGCAAGGAACGAAUUCGGCGGGGCAGUCGUUUGGCGGAUCGGCGGGGAAGAGUCCCGUGAACCAAGUUAAAGCGAGCCAGGCAGACGAUGACGACAACGACGUGAUAAUCGGGCCCGCUACCUGCCUCCAGUCUACUCUGUCGGGCUUCACGAAUUCCGUCAAUCUGACGCGGCUCGGCGGGUUGAGCCUGCACUGGAAGGUUACGAGCCAAUCGUCUGUCGACUUUGCUCUGGAGGCGAAGGCGACGAGCAAGGGGAAGAACGGAUGGGGCGCCGUGGGAUGGUCCGCGCGCAAGAGCAAGUUUCCCUCGGACUUGAUCAUUGGGAAUCUGCCGAGCCAAUCAGUUGGAGCUUAUGAUAUCUACGGUUACGGCGCGGGCUCGACUCUGAAGUCGAAGUCGGUUCACCUGAGCGACACGAGCAUCGAAAAGCCUGCAGCCGGCGGCUUCAUCGCAAGAUUCACUCGCUCCACGGACGACGGAACAGUGCCCGUUGUGAUCGGCCCGAACCGCCUCAUCUGGGCGUGGUCGGUCGAAAACACCGAGGAUGUCGCGCUCCGGAAGAGCCGCCGCGGCGAGCUCGUUGUUGAUCUCACCUGCGCCGCGGGAGCUCAGCCCGUGACGACCCAGAGCAACCCGAAAAGCCCCAAGACCCCCUCGCCGCCCAAAACCAGCCCUCCUGUCGUCAAGCCCCCGAAGUCUCCGUCUGUCCCCGAGAAGUAUCCGUCAAUUCCCGCCAAGUCUCCGUCUGUUCCCGCUAAAUCCCCCGCAACGCCUUCGCCGAAACCUCCGACCACGCCCGCGCCCAAGCCCGGUGUGACGCCCGCCAAGAACACGAGCAGCAGCGGCGGCGGCGGAAGCGGCGGAAGCGCGGGGCUGAAGACGGGGAACUCGUGCGACGCGUCGCCCCUUCUGGGAUUCUCCUUCUCGACGCCGCUGGUGCUGAACAAGCUCUACCUCCACUGGAAGAUCAUCGGAACGGACACUCUCAAGGUUGCCGUGGAGGCCAAGUCCGGAACCAACGUGGACAACGGGUGGUACGGGAUUGGCUGGUCGCGCGAAGGCGCCAUGGCUCCCGCGGAUGCGGUUCUGGGGAACCUGGCGGGCGGGCAGGUGAAGGCAUAUAUGCUGGGUGGGUAUACCAAGACGGGCGUGCAGCUGUCGAAUCGGCUCACGCUCAGUAACGACAGAGGGACGACUACGACUGGCACGGGCAACACCAUGUUCUGGUUCUAUCGGAAAGUCGCGGAUGGAGGGCUGGCGCCGAUAAUGGACCUGAAGACGCCAGCCUACAUCAUCUGGGCGUACGCUCAAGACAUGUUUCAGACGGUGGGGUACCAUGGGACCAACCGCGGUAUUCUCCAGAUUGACUUCUCGUGCAACCAGUCGCCCAAGAUUAUCAUGGGGGCCAGCAGCAAUAAAAUCAAUAAAAAGGGCGACGACGACGAGGAUAAUCCCAAAGGGAAGUGA